GUCCACUUCAUUGAAAGAUUACUAGGGCAUGCCAUUUUCUCCAUGGUUGUUGCCUCCUCCUCCAUUUUCUCAGCAUGUGAUUUUUUUCUUCUUUUUCUUGGAAACAAAAAUAUCAGAGAAAGAGAGAAACCCCACUUGGAUUACUGUCAAAUAGCUGAUAGAUUGAUUGGAUUUUGGUGCCUUGAUUAUCACAGAAUGGGGAAUCUUUAAGCAUACGCUUCACACAAUCAGUUUUCUUCUUCAUUUCAUGAGUACUUGUUCCAGGUAUGCUGUGUUAAGAUCAAUGAAGUAGCCCAAUUCAUUGGUUUCUUUCUGUUUUUGAUGAAAUGGUAUGUGAGACUCUAGCUGGUUUUAUGCAUAGAAAGUGAGCUUGUAGCUGAUAUGUUUCUACUCUGUUUUGGAGGUACUUUUUCUUUUUGGUUUAAAUUUAUUGAUGUUAUGUACUUUAAGCGUAUGGGUAGGUGAUUCUUUCUGAUUUCCUUUAGAAUUGUGAAUUGCUAAAACGAAGUACAGUGUUAAAUUCACAAGUGCUCUGUUUGGCUGUUGAGAAACUACUGGAGAAUUUAAAAUUUUCAAUGGCCCUACAUUUAUGGUCAAUGAAUGCUAAUUAUCUUUCAAAAAACCAAGGUGUGCUUGAAGGCCGGCAGGCAAAAUUGGAAAGUUUGGAUGGGAAAAAAGAGAAGCUGGUUCAGUUUGGUGAAGGGGGUUUUCAUUUCCGAGGCGAAGAAAAAAGAGGAAAAGAAAUCAAAGAGGUGGAAAUGGGUUUUCACAAGGCUUAAGCUCAAACAAUGCCCUGCACUUGCAGCCCCAUGUAGAACAUUGACUGAGGCAAGAGAUGAGCAGAAAAAGCAUGCUAUGACUGUUGCCCUAGCAACAGCAGCUGCAGCUGAGGCUGCCGUUGCUGCUGCCCAUGCUGCAGCUGAGGUUGUCAGGCUCACAGGCACUCCUCAAUCUUAUCAUACAUAUGACAAAGGAAACCAAAACUUGGCUGCCAUUAAAAUUCAAACAGCUUUCCGGGGACAUCUUGCUAGGAAAGCACUGCGGGCAUUGAAGGGAUUGGUAAGGCUUCAAGCUCUGAUUCGAGGCCAAAUUUUGAGACGCCAAGUAAUCACCACACUCAAGUGUUUGCCCUCCACUGCAAAUAAUCAGGCACAAGUUAACAAAAGGGGAGUUCUGACUGCAAAUGAAAGUUAUAAAGACAGUGAUAACAGAAAGUUUCUUAGGCCAAAGGAAUUGGGAGGGAGAGAAAUAAAGGACUAUGUUAUUGAGCAGCUUGAAGGCAGUAGUAAGAAAAGUUGGGAUUGCAGCAUGUUAUUAAAAGAAGAUAUGGAAACUAUUUGGUUAAGAAAGCAAGAGGCCGUCACCAAAAGAGAGCGGAUGAAGAAAUACUCAUCUUCGCACAGGGAGAGGAUCAAUGCUCAAAUGACAGAGGAAACUGAAUCCUACAAGGAGAAUGGAAAAUGGAACAGCCAGUUUGAGCAAUGGAUGGAUGCCAGGGAAUAUGAAAGAGAAGAACUGGAGAAUUCAAAAUCAACAAUCCAUUUGAAUAUGUUAAACAGCGACAAAAAUGGAACAACAAAUGUUAAAUUGAGAAAUGCCUGUAAACAGAAUUCCAUAGAAGGAUCAAAUUUGCCAUUUUCACACUCGAGGAGAUCAUUUUGUCACAGAAAACAUAAUUCAGAAGCAGAUAACCGUUCCUUCCCAAGCUCUCCAGUUUUUCCAACUUAUAUGGCUACAACAGAAUCUGCCAAGGCGAAGGCAAGAUCAAUGAGCAUGCCAAAGCAGAGGGUUGGGUUUCUAGACAGUUGCUUUGAUCACAGUUCAGCCUACAAGAAUAGGCUAUCAUUUUGGUCUUCAUUUAAUGGUGAAUCAAUAAGCAACAUUGGAAAGAAUGGCACUCCGCAGAAUUCUGUAACCAUGAAAAGCUUUAACUGAGACUCAAAGGAUGCCAGCUUUAGUUCCCGACAUCAGUUCGUGAAAUCAAAUCAAGUUAUGCUUUCAGAAGAUUCGAUACUAGAUGCCUACAAUUAAGUUUGCCAGAUUUUCAUGAUCCUCUCACUGUUUCUAACCCUCACAUUACAUAAAGAAACUUCCAAGCUUGCAACUAUCUCAUUGCUGGAGGAAGUGAAACUAGUUUGAUCUUUGACGUUGAAAUCUUACAUGUUUUAACAUGAAAAUGUAAUUUUGCACAUUUUUUUUC